UUCCAGAAAUACGAAAUCCAAAAGCAAAGAUGGAACACAAAAAGGUUUUCCUCGACACAGAAAAUCAUGUAUAUUCAUUGGAAGAUUUGAUAGGUCGUGGAGCCCAGGGUAACAUAUACAAAGGAAUACAUAAGUCGAGCGGAGAGGUUCAUGCCUUGAAGAUGUUUGAGAAAUAUAAUUUGCAGACACAAAGAGAAAUGGAUGCACUAAGUAAACUGCAGCAUCCAAAUAUUGUCAUGUUUUAUAAAUGUGAAAAAGAUUAUAAAAAGAAGGAGGUAAUAGUUAUGGAGUUAUGUGAGGGAGGAAGUUUACUAGAUUCAAUAAGGAAACCAGAAAAUAUUACAGGACUAGAAGAAGAAGAAUUCCUCAGAGUUUUUUCACAUUUAGUUUCUGGCAUGAAACAUCUAAGGAAGCAUGGAUUUUCACAUAGAGACAUUAAACCUGGAAACAUUCUUGUUUGUAUAGGGGAAGAUAGCAGAAAUAUCUACAAAUUAUCAGAUUUUGGUACUGCUAAACCUCUCAACGACAAUGAUUUCUUUGUGUCACUAGUUGGAACAGAUGAAUACCUUCAUCCAGAUAUUUAUAAAGCUGCCUUCAUAGACAGAAGACGAGGUGGAGGAUCAUUCACUAUAUCAGCUGACUUAUGGAGUCUUGGAGCCACACUUUAUCACACAGUUACAGGCAAAGUGCCUUUCUCUCCAUACAUUGGACGGGAUGAUAAAAAUGUUAUGUUUGAGAUGAUUUCAGAGAAAGAAUCUGGUGUUAUAUCAGGGGACCAGAUGUUUGCUGGUGGAAGUAUUCACUGGAGUAAAAAUCUCCCCAAAACAUGCAGACUGUCAAAAUCUAUGAACACUUGUAUAAAAACCAUUCUUAUAAAUCUACUGGAAAGUGACAAAACAAAAAUUUGGAGUUUUGAAGAUUUUUUUGAUGCUGCAGAUGAACUAUUAAGCAGGAAACCAGUUCAUGUGUUUUAUCCAAAUACCUGUACAAGAAACAUAUUAUAUGUAAAACAAGAAACAAAUUUCAGGGAACUUAAGGAUAUGAUUUCAUCAGAGACAGAUAUUACCCAUGCUAACCAGUUUGUAUUAUAUUCAGACAAUCAUUUGAACAAUAUUUUAUCAGAAACUGACUGUGUUUUUCAAAAUAUUUCCACUGACUACGAGAAUCCAGUCAUUAUAUUAGAUGUAUCUAUUAAAGAUGAAAUAGCCAGCAUUAGUUAUGAACCUUGGGAACAUGCUGUGUUUGAUGAGCCUAUGCCAUGUUUUGAACUUACAGAACGAACAGUGUAUGAUAUAAACAGAGAUUAUCAAGUUGCCAAAAUAUAUUGUGCAAAAAUGUUUUUAAUGGAGAAGAUAAUAAAGAAACUGGAAUUGUUUAAAAAGUUGUUGCAGCAAACUGUUGGUGUCAGCAGAAAGCAUAAUGAACAGAAGUUGGAAGUCUUCUCAAGAGAGUUAAGUUUCCUACGACAAAGACUUGGUGAUAUCAGCAGUCUAACAGAACAUUCCAAGAAAGAGAAAUUUACUGCUAUAACUAGAGAAGGGGAUGAAGCUGAGGAUGAUACAACUAUGACAAAAGCCAGAGUACAGAAAUGUGAGAAGGUAUUGUCAGAAAUAUCUGGAUUAUAUACAGAAGAGAGAAAACUAUUUCCAGGACAGAAACCAUGUGCAAACUGUCUACAAAAUAACACAGAUAGUGAGAGAAAAGUAAGGAGACAUAUUGUACAGUCAGAAGAAUUACUGAAGAAAUUUGCUGAGAGACGGAGUCAACGUAUGACUGUACAUAUAGAAUAUAUGCAUAAUUUUGACAGGAAAAACAUUCUGGAACAUUCCAAAGAAAUACAAAAGAUGAUGACAAUCAGUAAAACAGAAUUGGAGAAAGAACAUUCAGAUUUCAUUGUAUGGAAUAGAUAUUUUAAACAAGGAAAGAAAAAGAGCUCAGAAUUGGAUGUUUAUAUUAGUGAAGCUGGUUCUUCUAUUGGUGAUCUUGUACAGACAUUUAAGGAACUAAGUACACAAGAACCACCAUUACCAGCCAUAGGAGAAAAGACUCUUAAAAGAAAACAGUUUAUCACAGAUGUUCAUUUAAGAGUUGAAGAUAUACAGAGGAAUGUCAUGGAAUCCAAAUUGAUAGCAGUUCAGUCAAGGGAACAGUUAGAUAGUUUGUCAUCCUUAAUGAGUGAUUUCCCAUCCCUUGAGGAUGUUGACUAUACCUCAUUGACCAACAAAUCUGAUACUUCAUUGACCAAUGGAGUAGAUACAACCCUUGAAAAGGACAUGUCAAUUUUAGAGGACUUGGUUGAUUGCAAAAGAUGAAAAUAAAAUGUAGCUGUUGCUUUAGUUACUGCAAAGCACAUUAUUUCUGUGAUAUGAAUAUAGAGAACACAUGAUGUAAUUGGUGAAAAGUAAUUCUAUGCAUAUUUCUGAUGUUGUUUGAUUGGAUAAUUGGUGUUUUAAAGAAGUGUUAUUAAUUGGUACAAAAAUACCAAAUAAUUCAUCUAUCAUUGCUAACUUAUAUAGUAUUCAUUAGAACCAGAUUGAAUUUUGAUAUAUAUUGAUAUAUUUAAGCAUUUUUAUAUCAGAAAUGUCUGAAUGAUAAAUUUAUACUAUUAACCGGGUCUUAAUCUAAUCUUGAACAUGCCUGUUUUUGAUAGACUAUAGAACAAUAAUGUCAUCGGUGUUCCUUAACCAUAUCAAUCAUGUAAUUAUUGCAUUAAUUUAAUUGAUAUCAAUAUGAAUACUAAAUAGAACAUAGUGAAAUCCAGCAUCCAUAUUAAUCCCAGGCUACAAAAUGAUUCAAAUAUUUCAGUUUAUACUAAUUAAAAACAGUUUUUUUCAAAUAAUCACACAUCUUUUUAAAAUGAGUAAAAUAAGAUUUAUACACAUUUUUUUUGUAACAAGCUGUUCAAGCUUUGCAAAACUAUCUUAAAUAUAUUGAAGAUAUCUUGCAGUCUUUGAGUUCCUGACUCAUUCUAGUAUAUGGGAUGGAUAAAAAUUCAGGUAAAUUUUCUAAAAGGAAAAGAUAAAAGGAAGAGAUUCCUUGAAACUUCUAGUCACUGAAAUUCCUUCUGUUUUUAUUUCAAUAAACUAUAUACACAUUAUUCUAUUUAGGGUUGUUAAUUAAGUGUUACUUUAGAUUACUUAUUUAAAUUAUGUAGAUUUAUUUUAUGAUUUUAUUGUUACAGUUAUUGCCUGCUCUAAACAGCCAAACUCCUAUAUCCCCACAAUAUUUCUCAGUCCCAAUUUUUCUUAUUGAUAUUAAAAUUCCAAUGAAAAGCCAUAUUAAAAUAUUACCAAUAAUUGAAUGAUGUUAUAAACUAAUAGGUCAUAAGCAGUGAAGUUAUCCUCUCUUUGAAUGUUAAUAACUUUUAUAGUAUUUUAAACAAUAAGUGUUAAUACUUGGGCAUCUAAAUGUCUACAUCAGAAAUAAAAAUCAAUUAUAAGUGAACUGAUUAAUGAUGAUUGGUAUGUUGAAUACUGAUAAUGUAGCCAACAAAAUAACUUUUGACAUAGUUCAGUCAAGUGCAUGCAGGGAUAAAACUUGUUUGCUUAAAAGAAGUAGUUUUUUUCUAAUUUUCUUCAGAAAGGUAUUUCAAGAUGUAUUAUCUAUUGGAAAAAAGUGAGUGUUAUACAAAUCAUGCAUUUGUUUUAAUACAUGUACAAAUAUACACUUAAUCUUUGCAGUUCAGUAGUGUUUGUUUUAUCAACUAACCACUCAUUCAUAGAUCUUUUGUAUAUAAAAACAAAUUCUAGAUAUUCCGCCACUCUUGCAUAUCGACAAAAAGGUGGCAGUAUCCCAAGAAAUGUAAACAAUUUUGUUUUGGAAAUAAUGCAAAACUUUAUAAAAUCAAGUACAAAACCAAAGAUUGUGUUUAUGCAAACUUAUUAUGUGCUGAAUAUUUUUUUUAUAAAAUAAUUAUUAAUAUGUGUUUUAUUUUUUUCAUUUAUUGGAAUUUCCACUGAUAUAUAUUCAGAAAACUAUGAAAAGCCAACUUUUGUUUUUUUUCAUACAUGUUCUUUACCAAGGAAAGUCAGGUGCAUGUUAUUCAAUGGUCAUGUUUGUUGGUUUCUGUAUAUUUGUUAUUUCUUUAUGUUUUUAGCAUAAAUCAGGUUGUUGUUUUUCUUUUGAAUUAUUCAACCAAUUUACAGAUUUAACUUUAAUACAACAUAAGAAUUGACAACAGAAAGCAAAUUUUUGACAUUCUAGAGUUACUGUAUUUUGACCCUUAGAUUCGAUUCAAGUUUUCAAAAAGUGUGCUUCACUAGCUUUAGUGGAACUGACUUCAAACAAACUUUACAUAGUUGUUGAUAUUAAUGAGGAAACUCAGUUGUGUUUAAUUAAUUUUCUGGUUUGUCAUUCUAGGGUUAUGAAACUUAAACUGUUACAUUUCAUGCAAUUUUUCACAAAAUACACAUUGGCUUUAGUAUUCCAAGGGUUGAUUUCCCCCAAACUUUACAUUAUUUUUAUUGAUUGAGUGGAAAAUGUACAAAAAUUUGUAAACAUGAUUAAAUGCUUUCGAAUUAUCCCAUUUUUUUCUUGCAACAAUUUCAAUAUGUAUGCACAAUAAGUGCCUCUCACUCCCUCUUUCAUUCUGUAUACAUCUGUCCCAAGUCCGGAGCCUGUAAUUCAGUGGUUGUUGUUUGCUGUUGUAUGUCAUAUUUGUUGUUUGUUUAUUGUUUAAUACAUAAAGACAUAAUUAUUACAAAUAGUAAUAUGAAGGCUGCUUCUAACCAAAACCAAAAUAUUAGUGGCUAUGAAGCUAUAGUUAGACUUUCUGAUUCAAAUGAAUUCAUGUGGUCUAAUGCAAGAUUUCAAAAACAUGCACUUUUUGUCAUUUUGAGUAAAGGACAAUGAAUGACACUGAAUUAUAUUUUGAUUUAAUUGAUAUUGUAAACUUUUGUGAAAAGUUAUCAAAGGUACCAGGAUUAAUAUAAUCUUUAAAAAGAAGUAUUUUGACUAAGGUUCAUAAAAUAUUUUGAUGCACAAGUCUGAUUACAUUUUGCAUAUAUACCAUAUACAGUUCUUUUGCCUCAUGGUGAGAAUUCUCAGAUCUGUGCUUUAUGUAUUGUGUAUCUCUGUUAGCUAUUGUUGUGCUUUGUAUUGAUCGGAUGAGUUUAGUCCUUUUGAACUAAUUUUUAUAGUUUGUUCUUAUGUUGUCCUGUUACACCACUAUUCCAGGUUAAGGAUAGACUUGGCCACCUGUAACUGUGGUUAACAAUGUAUGAUCAUUGUUGUUUUUUGCUGUAUAUUAUAAUUGUUUUUGUUUUUUGUUUAUUGUAUAUUCAGUAGUUUCUCUUUUAUAUAGUUUUAAUUUGUCAUCUCAGGCCUUUAAUGGCUUGCUGUGCAGUAUGGCCAUUUGUCAAAGGCUUUACAGUUCAGUAUUAUUGCUGACCUUCCUCAUCAUUUGGUGCAGUGUUGACUCAUUGGCAAUCAUACCUCAUCUUAUUAUUACAUGUAGUAAUAUUUGAUUUUUUUGGUUUUAAAUUUUAUCAUUUUUCAGAUCAUUUAAAACUAAUAGCAGAAUCUAUUUGCAUAUUUAACCCAUUCUUUUAGUAAACAGGCAGAAACACUAUAAAGUUUUGACUGAUACUAGCAUGCCAUUUGUAAAGUCAAUUUUUGGGCAAUAUCAUCCAUUGGAAUUGCAUGUCUUAUGAUGAAUGGGAUGAAGAAGUUUUUCCUAUGAAUGCACAUAUCUGUUUCCAUUUGGAUUUCAUGCAAUUUUACUGUAUUUUUGCCUGUAUAUUUGUAACUUUUCCUUAUUUAUUUGAACUAAUCCCCAUUUAAAUGAUUACCAAAAGUAUGAAUUGCUUGCAGCAAAACAAAAACCAAAGACUUGAUAAUCAAUAUAUUGUAAUAACUCUUUUUACUUUGGAAAUGAUAGAAAACAUACUUUGUAGAACAUAAUUUUAUUGAUGGUGUUUUGAUUAUAACAACUUGAAUUUAUGUAUGUAAACCUACACCAGAGUGAAUCUGUGAUACAUUUAUAUAUUAAAUUGUUAUGUUUGUUUCAUUGAAGAAUUUACAGAAAAUAAAAAAAAUAUAUAUUUAA